AUGGGAGAGAAAAUGGAAAUGGAGGACACAGACUGCGCUCUGAUGGAGAAGGGGAAGAAGCCAACAGCGCCCAAACCUCCAAACAAAUACGAGACUCUGUUCCAGCCUUGCCUCGCCGAGAUCAUCGGGACCAUGUUCUUUGUUUUUGUGGGCUGUGUGUCCGUCAUUGAGAACGUUCCGGCGGCUGGACGCCUGCAGCCGGCCCUCGUGCACGGACUGGCUGUGGCUGUGAUGGUGGCGGUCAUGGAUAACAUCAGUGGCUCCCAUUUCAACCCUCCCUUCACCAUUGCCAUCUACCUGUGUGGAGGCAUGGAGCUGAUGAUGGUGGGGCCGUACCUGGCCAGCCAGCUGAUUGGAGGAGUGCUGGGAGCGGGAAUGGCCAAGAUGAUGGUCCCUGCAGACCGUUACCUCAACGCCACAGGAGCAGCGUUUGACAUCCUGAAGUCGGAGAGCCAGCUGUUCGGAGCCAUCUUUGGGGAGGUGGCCAUGACCUGCCUGAUCACAAUGGUGGUGCUGCUGGUGGCUGUCAACCAGAAGACCAAAACCCCACUGGCCCCCUUCCUGGUGGGCUGCACCGUCAUCAUCAACGUGCUAGCAGGGGGCGAUGUUUCGGGGACGUGUCUGAACCCGGCCCGAGCGUUCGGUCCGGCUGUGAUGACAAACUAUUGGGUUUACCACUGGGUUUACUGGGUGGGACCCAUCGGAGGAGGCCUGGUGGCCGCCGCUCUGCUCAGGCUCAUUCUGGGUGACAGUAAAUUAAGAGUGGUUAUGAAAACAUAACAGCAUCUAUUGUGUGUGUAUUGCAGCAGGUGAUGAUAAACCUGCUAACCCUGUCCCUUCCUUUUGUGUCAAACUGUAUGAAUUGAAAACCAUGUGGAUUUUAUGAAAUA